AUGCAGAACACCCGGUUUGCCAAGGCUGUCCAGGUCAAUAUUGUCACUGGGUCUCGGAACAAAGGUUCACAGACAACCUCCUGCACCGGGGAUAUUGGCUGUCAGGCAGAACCAGAAGUCCGAGAAAUUGCCAUUCAGACAGAUCUGUUUGACAUUGAUGUGCCAGUUUUCCAAGGCUUGAAACCAAGUGAUGAAGACAUGGAGGAUGAAGAGGUGCACUUUCCAAGUCAGGAAACGAUGAAGACUGAUGACAGUGACGAUGAAGACUGGGAGCCAUGUGAAGAUGAUUAUUGUCAAGAAUUUGAUGACUCGCUCCUUGAUGAUGAAAAUGUAUCCGGCAAACAUUAUGAUUUCGACAAUGAGUAUGAACCGGCCUCCCCUCAAUAUGAGAGAAAAUUCAUUGACUUUGAAUCAAGCUUGAGGCUUCUGUUCAUGUUUUGUCAAUCAAAUGAAGUGAAAAAUUCUUACUGA